ACUGAAUUUGAGCGCCACAGGACCGGAGGCAAUAAUGGAGGAAAACCAGGACACGAAAAUAUCAGACAUCGGACAGGCAGAUAUGGCUUUGUAUUGUCGCGCGGUUUCGCUUCACCGAGCGCCUCCCUCCGCCGCUCCGCCCCAGCCCCCGCCGCCCCUGAUCCCGAAACAGAGACCUUCUCCUCCUCCUGCUCCUCCUCACUUCAAGCUCUCGUCUUCGUCCGCCCCGCCGUCUCCGAGCUCCGGCGUCUCUCCUCCCUCCUGUUUCAAAGCACUCGCUCGGACCGAGAGGGCCGAUGGCGGCGAGGUCGCCAAAGAGGACCCUCCUGGUUCUUCCUCUGGAUCACUCUCUUCUGCUCGUACACAACUGGAUCUUCUGGAGCAACUGACUGCUUCUAGUUCGAGCACGACAGUGAACGGCCACAAGGGCGACGGUAUCAUCGGUAAACUCACCAUCCGCGACCAACUUGCGCAAUUGUUUGGGGACGGAGGAGGAGAUUUCAGUGUUCCCUUGGGUAAGAAGAACUUGAAGAAGGUGAGCGAAAAGUUCUUAACCAUCUCGCAGAAGAGAAACAUCAAAAGACAAGCUUACCUGGAUGAAGUGUCUCAGAGGAACGAUUCGGUUUUUUUCGCCACUAUCGGAGCGUUUGUAAUUCUUCCGCCCAUCGUAAUUCUAGGGAUAGCUAUAAUAACUGGUUAUGUGCAGCUUUUUCCAUGAGAAUUUUAAUAGAUCUUAUACACAGAUUAUGGCAUCCUAGUCAACACGAGGCUGUUGUUAGUUUCAGUUA